AUGACUGUUACUCAUGUUCGGCGUAUGUGCUGGAUACGCGAGCGUCCGCUUGUGGAAGCACACAGGACCACGGACUUUUUACUCUUGGAACCUGUCGCUCUCAUCACGUGGGGGCACGUGACGCAGCUGCGGACUGCGACCACACGCUCAAGCAGGUCCACGCAUACCCGGCGGCCGUCUGUAGAGUCGACGGCGAGCCAGACGUUUCCCAACAACAGCGGCGACGGUCCAUCAACACAAAAAGUGGCUUCUGUGGACUACGAGCACACCGGCAUGAAAUUCCAGAAAAUAUUUGUGGCAGUGAUUACCUGCGUGGCGAUAUUUCUGCUAAGUUCCUCCGUGUCGGGGGAACAAGACCUCCCCAGCGAUGCCGUCUUCGAGGCCGUGAAGCUCCUAAAGGACCUUUCUACGGAGGGGAUUUUUGCCAAGAAAGAGAAGGAGGGAAAGACGGUCGUCACGAAAGGUAGGGCGGAGGGAAGGUCGAGCGCAAGCCCUCCGCGCCCUCCACAACCCCCUCGAAACACCUCGAGACUCCCUUCCCGAACAAGGGGUCGGCAAGGCAGCGGUCAUUCGCCACCAACCCCCAAAGCGAACCUCAAAGUCGUGGGAGUUCGAGUGGACGCCUCAAGUAACUCUGUCCCAAUGGAGAAACUUCUCGGAGCUGAUACUUCGCGGCACGAAAAAACUGUGGUCAGGGAGUCCUUCGAGGGUAUAUCUGAGCGCAUGGACGUCGACGAUCCAGACGUCCAGAAAGUGUCCACGGAGGUUCGCAGUGGGCGACGCGGACGGGUGCGUGUGGUGACUCUGCGGCGCCCAUUGUCCGUCUCAGAAGUGCGGGAGGAUCAACCCCUUGAUUUCACAUCUUUAAACUUGAAUAACGUAAACACUUUUGGAGGUUUUGGAAAACGUCUCAUUCCUUUGAAAUCAAGUGGUCUAAGACCAUUAGCUUCUGUGGAAUCAGAUGACGAAGAUUCGGCUACCCCUGCCAUUAAUAGUGUGCCUGCACCAGCAAUUGCUCCAUCGGGCACAGGGACCCGGAAUCAGCGUCCCAACGUCGUUGUCACGACAGAGGGUCCAAGAAUUGUAGCAACAACGAGAGCACCAAGUCGAGGGAGGUUCAGGCCGACCAGACCUCCGACUGCGUCUCGCUCAAGACCAACCACGUCUGCGCCGGCCUCUCCCACGCCAGAGGGACCUCCUGCCACGACAUUUAGACCCAGCAUCACAACGACACUUUCUGGUCUACUAACAACUGCUCAAGGGGCCACGACAACAAAACAGCCCCACGUGACAUUCCCCAGCAGGUCGAGAGUGGGAGCAAGCAGAGGAACCACCAAACCUCAAGUAACCUCAGUUCAGCGAAUUACGACCACGGCACAACCUUUUUCACAACAGCGCAGAAAACCAGGUGCUUCACGAGCCAGUACUGCCAGACCCAAACCUCAAGAAUUUGAAGAUAUAUCUGCCGAAGAUGAGGAAAUUUUCAUUGUGUUGAAAGAUGUACAGCGGGGCCUAAGAUCAACGAGGCCGCCACACUCCCAGUCUCUUACUCCUGUUGCCCUUAAUUCCUUGCGUCCAAGCCCUGUUACUCAUGAAGGUGAUGUCUUUUCGCCGGGCACGAAAGACCAGCAAAACCUUCCUCCCUCCACUUUCCGACCUCCACUUGGCACGACCUUCACCAAGUUUUCCUUUGGUCAAGCAAACUUCACUGUUGUGUCAAACCCUAUUUCUCCCCCACAGUCACCACCUACACCCGGAACCUCUUCUGCUACGCCUUCCUCUGCUUCUUUCAUUUCUUCCCUAAGACCCUCAGUAACGUCCUCUAAUCCUUUGGUUUCAUCUCCUAGACCUCCAGUUUCUCUCUUAACACCUUUAGUGUCUUCUCCUAGACUGACAGUAACUGCUUCCAAUCCUUUUGUUUCCUCCCCUAUUCCCUUCGAUUCUUCACCCAUACCUUCAGUCCCAUCCCCAACUUCUUUUGUUUCUUCUCCCAAACCAUCAGUCACCUCUCCUACGUUUUUCUUUUCCUCUCCCAAUUCCUUUGUUACAUCUCCCAGACCUUUUAUAUCAUCUGCUCAACCUCAGGUCACGUCGCCUAAACCCUUUGUUACCUCUGUCACGCCAUCUAAUCCCAAUCCCUUUACUUUAUCUCAGCGACCUACUGCCAGACCUACCAAUUCAAACUCUUUCGCCACAUCCUCUCGUCCUUCGUUCUCGUCAUUAAGCCAGUCUGGCACUCCAUCUAAUACUCGUGGUAUUCCUUUAAGUUUUGGGACAACCUCUAGUUCUGGUACUUCUUCACCAUUUGGUACAUCUCCUAAUAUCUUCCAAACUUCCCCAAGUCCUUUUGUUACAACCUCAAGGCCGUUUGUUACACCAUCUCAUACUUUUCCGUCGUCUCCUUUUGUUUCCUCCCACCAGCCAAUUGUGACAUCCUCUCGGCCUGCUGUCACUUCCCCUCGUUUAGCCGUCACUUCUGCUCAGCCUGUUGUCACUUCUCCUCGCCCAGUUGUCACUACUUUCCGAUCCAACGCCACCCCUCGGACUUCUGCAAGCUUCUCGUUCCAGCCCCUUUCUGCACAACCAACCACAGUGGUAUCACCAAAUCCACAGCAAGAAUCAUCUACUUCUAAUCGCCCAGUUGAAACUUCCACGUUCCAUAAGAUACCUUUCAGAGGAUUUUCAUUCCAGUCCUUCCAUCCAGGAUUAUCUCCAAGCACUGCAAUCCAGCUUGGUGCUUCAGAAGAACAAUCUAGAAAUGAAUUCAGAAAAUUACCCCCAUCAUCUUUACCUCCACGAAAACCAUCUCGAGUAUCCCUUUCUCCUAUCCCCUCUCCAGUACCAACUUCCUUUUCAGCUUUCCCCCAAACAGCUUUCCCGGCUGACUUUGGUUCUGUCAUCCACUCACGGCCAACCUUCUCUACUACUCUUCCUCCUCCUGCACUAACAACCCCAAGGUUUGCUGUAACACCUUCUCCAUCACAAAUUAAGUUAGAUCCUCCAUCACCUACAACUUUCAGCCCAAGGCCUUUUCCCCCUCCACGACCUUCACUUCAACCUCCGCCAAGCCACUCUAGCUUUUCUCAGCCUCGCACUGACGCUCAGUCAAUCUCCACCGAACGUCCAAAUCUUCCUUCUCUGACUUUCACGGCUCCUGACACAUUCCAGUUUCUUAAAGUAUCACCACAAGGUGAAUUUAGCACUCAGAGUUCAGGUACUACACAGCCACAGCCAACGACCUUCAGAGGUCCUUUUCUACAGUUCUUUUCCACACCUGGGUCAUCUUCCACACCUCCCUUCCAGAGAACAUCAAAUGUUCAAAGACUCAACUCUCCUUCAGUCUCCACGUCUUUGAGACCGACAACGUUCACAUCAUUCCAGGACCCAAGUCGAGCAUCACUUACACCUACCGUCAGAUCUUUUGUACCCACAUCUCCAGGGCAUCCUCGCAGUUUCCGGUCCACAACUACUUUGCCACCCUUCCUUGCUGCCUUUUCUACCUCAUCAGAUGACACAGAAAAACUCCGAAAUCGUGCACCGGAGAAUACUCUACCCUCGCCACCAAUCAUUGAAAUUGGGGGAUUUGUUCCCAUGAAAAUCUCCAAGGCAAAUGAUCAACCUGUAAAACCAUCAGAGAUCUUAACACCCCCUCCCCCGCUCCCAUCAUCAUUUGGGGAUAAAGACCUGUUUACAUCCUUUGCCUCCAAUCUUACAACUCAGCCUCCCCCUACCACCUCUAGACCUGUUGCCACCAGCCCCACCUCACAGCCAGCAGUUACAACGGAGUUCAACCUUCAGACAACUCCAAGGACCUUGUUUAACACUGCACGACCACCACAAACAAUCACAGGCUCCAACUUCUUCCUGAAUAGUUUCAGAUCAGCGUCUCCUCCUCCAGCGACUGUAACAACUGGACUCCCACGGACCACCAGACGACCGCGCACAACCCUACAACCCAAGACCCAUUCCUUCAGCAGUCCUGUCACGACGACAAGGCCCACCGCUAUUUCAACAUCGCCAAACCCAAGAGAAAACAAUAGCUUUGACGAGGUACAACAGAACGAGCCCAGAAAGCAGUUCUUGUCCUCCGCUCCCAGGCAGCAGACUGUUGUACCCAAGGUAACUACAGCUUCUCUUCCUUCACCUACGAGCGCCAGUAGGAGUAAAAGCACAAGCUCCAAAGGGUUUAAGGUUCCUGCGGCGCACGCAGGGAAGUCGUUCAUAUUUGUGCGAAACGGCCAGAGCGAAUACCGAGUAUGCCAGGGUUAUUGGGUCACGGGCUCAAGGCUUGCCUCGGAGGCGCUGUCGGUGGCGGACAAGUUGGCUUGGAAUUUAGCUUUUUAUUCUCCAAUGGAACAAUACAAAAGGAGAAGGCCAGCAGCUCGGCGAACAUCAUCCAACGGCUGUCACGUCGCUGCCAUCUCGAACGUUCUCUUAGUGUCUAGUCAAAUAAUGCUGGAAGCGGAGCGGAGGCUGCAUGAUUUCCGUCUGCACGUGAAGGGGCGAACGCGCUGUGUGAUGCAGCGCCCGGUUCACCCGACGGAUUCCCUUGUAUUUGGACGCCACCUAACCCAACAGCCAAAUCGUCCCGAGGAUAAGAACCUGGAACAGGUUUUUCAGGUAGUCCUCGUGGAUGCCUGA